UCGUCCCAGACUUUGGUGCUAGACGGGUGUAGGGGCGCAGGCGCGGAGGAGAAAGGGACGGAGGGCGAGCUGGGCCAGAAGUAGUAGUUGGCGCAGGGGGUGUGUGCCCAGGCUGGGAGUCCGACCCGGAAGCGCGUGUGUGGUCGAGUGUCCCCGGAGCGGGUUCGGCCGUGGGGGUGGGGGUGGCUGCGCGUGUGUCUCUCUCGAGCAGCCAUGGCAGGAUCGGCGCAGCAGGGGCCGAUCGGGAAGCUGCGGCACCUGUGCUUCCGCUACCAGGAGUACGUGAAGCGGCAUCCAGCCGCCACUGCCCAGCUAGAGAGCACCGUGCGCGGCCUCUCGUACCUGCUUCCAGGUCGGUUUUCUGACUCUCAUGAACUGUCUGAGUUUGUAUAUUCUGCUUCCAAUUUGUUGAUGCUGCUGAAUGACUGGAUCCUUCGGAAAGAGCUGCAUCAGUCCCUUCCUGUGUCGCUUCCCCAGCAGAAACUGCUAACUUGGCUGAGCGUCCUUGAAUGCAUGGAGGUCUUUUCUGAGAUGGGGGCUGCCAAGGUGUGGGGCGAGACUGGCCGGUGGGCCAUCAUUGUCCUCAUCCAGCUGGCCAAAGCCAUCUUGCGCCUCCUGCUGUUGCUCUGCUACAAAGCUGGCAUCCAGACAUCUCCUCCCAUUGUGCCACUAGACAGGAGACAGUCACUGCAGCAGAAAGAUGUGGAGGGCAGCUCAAUAGGGAAGGAGCGGAUAUAUGUGGGAAAGCGCUCGAAUCGUGUCAUGAGGUCCCUCGAUAGCACCCCAUCCCUGCACUCCAGACAUUGGGGAGCGCCUCAGCAACGGGAGGGGAAGCAGAACCAAAGAGCAAUGGAAAUGGACCAGCUGCCAACCCCUUUGGGCAUCCAAGAAACUAUCGCUGAGUCAGUCUACGUUACACGUCCAUUGCUUCACUUAAUUAGUUUGGGUUUAUGGGGACAGAGAUCUUGGAAACCGUGGCUCCUUUCGGGAAUAUUGGAUAUUACAAGUUUGAGUUUAUUGAGUGACACAAAAGACCUCAACAAGCGUGAGCGUGUGGAGCUGAGACGCCGGACUGUCCUGCUACUCUACUACUUGCUGAGAUCUCCCUUCUAUGACAGAUAUUCUGAGGGCAGGAUCCUCUUCCUGCUGCGCCUGCUUGCAGAUUACAUCCCUGGAGUUGGCUUAGUCACGCGGCCACUGAUGGAUUACUUGCCAGCCUGGCAGAAAAUCUAUUUCUACAACUGGGGAUGAUCUGGCCUGAGCUUGGUUGUUGCAGCCGGGGAUGGCUCAGGCUAAAAGCAGAAGCUUGUGGUGACAGGAUGACUUUAUACAGAGGGAGCCAGCCAUAUGGCUUUAAAAAAAAAUCAUGUCUUUCUGUGGUUUAUGCUAAUGGUUAAAGAGAUUCCUACAGAAAGGAGAGUACAGCUUCUAAGUAUCUUCCUGUGCACUAUGAACACUGCAGUGAAUGGGACCUAAAGCACUUAUGCUGUUCCUCUUUCCAAUCUGAUUACUGACCUGGAGAUGGGUCCCUUUUUGUAUGUAUUUUGUAUGGCUGCAAGUUAAUAAAGCCAGGGUCGGCAAUGCUUUUGGGCCA